AUGGCUCCAAUCCAUUGCAAGCAGUCUUCGCUCUGCACGACGCGACACAUCGUCUCCAAGGUCAAUAUAUCGAACCAGAGGCACAACGAUAGUUGCCAAUCUCCUGUCCUGGGCAAGUGGAAACAGUCCUGGGAACCUGUAUUUGAACACCUGUUGCCAUGUACGUUGUGCUUCUACCUGGCUGUCGUCGACUGUGGUCUCGCAACCAAAAAUAGAAUGCUCCAUCGUGCUCGUCGUUUGGCUCGAGUCUCACAAGGCUCGAGCCUACGGCUUCGAGGAAGGUGCUCAGCUUCCGCUCCGUUUGGCCGAUGGAAGUAG